AUGUCUCGCGGUCCGCUGCAAGAACUGAGCUCGAACGUUCUCAACGCAGAGCCCGCGCCCAAUGUGGAACUCGUGCGCAAGGUCGACGAGUUUUACGUCGAGGAACUUGUCAGGGCCUUCCAAACGAACCCGGACUUGUUCCACAGCGCGAACCAAUGGCUCGCUCUCAAUAUCAAUAGCGAGCGACUGCCCGAAUAUUCCGCCGAGCAAGUUGAGCUCUACGAACGGAUUUGCCGUUACUUGAACGAGGCGAUUCGAGGGGUCGCUAAUGGCGACCAGACGGGAACGGCUGUGACUGGCGCCUUGGAGCGUCGCGCUUCAGGUCCUGCUACAUGGGAUGGUCGCGACACCCCGAACGAGGACAACCGCUGCUUUGUCUUCCUUACUGCCGAGAUUGAACGGUGGACCGACAACGAGACCUGGGGUGGAUCCUUUCGGGCAGGAAACUGGUUCAAGUACCCAUCCGCAGAUGUAGCGGGCAGGUGGAAGUAUCGCUGCACGUCGGCAGAUGGACUGUGUGGCAUCGUUGUCUACACGGGGCCGCCUGCGGUGCCGUGGACGCGCCCAUGCACACUUGAGCGGCUUUUCACUUUGCUGGGCAUGACGCUUUUCGUCGCUGUUGUGGUCCUGGCUCUGACUCACUCCGUGCUCGCUGGCACCUGGGAUUCCAGUGCAUGCAAGUAUACCACAACCGCUGGCACGUCGUUCACCGUGUCCGCGUUUCACCGCGACCAGCCUUGGUCGAUUCCCGGCGUCUCCUCCACUGGUGGACCCGAUGGAUACAACUAUCUCUACAACUUCUGUCCUGGCCUUGGGACUCAAAUUGGAACUUGCCGUUCAACUGAUCUUGUUUGCCAGCAGUCAACUAGCGGCUCGACUUAUGUUAUUGGAACCAAUUUCAUGUCAACCACUGAUGGGACCAACUCUAAUACUGUUGAAUUCAAAACCACAGACGCGAGUCCGCGAUGCACGCGUGUCAUUUUCAACUGCGAUCCGAACACACGCGGCGAGCCUGUAGCUGCUGCGACCGAACAGAAACCCGCAGAUCUCGGCUGCCUUGCAACCUAUACGAUGGCUUUCACGCAUGCGUGCUUCUGCCCUGGCACCACUUGCUCGUACGGGCCUUCCGGAUCUUCGUCCGCCACUCCAUCCGUGACUGCCACGGCAGUCGCGUCCGAAACCGCUGCGCCUCAGCCUUCGCCGCCUGCUCCCUGCACCUGCACUCUUGAGUCCUAUCUCAUUGUCGCGACCGCCUCUGUCGGCCUGACCCUGGUGGUUGUCAUUGUGACUCACUACGCUCUCCGCGCCUUCAAGCGGUCCCGUCAAGUCCAGCCUCAGUACAUGUUGCUUCAGAAUCAACUGCACUGA